AAUAGUCAAUUAUAGUCGCGAUCUCCAUCCCAGUUGUUCCCGCCAAAACUGAAUUGGCGCCAGAUGUUCUUCUCCUCUCAAAUUCAACACUAAUACUAUUAGCUUACUCUUCACUUUUACUCACAAUCACACCCGGAUCUCCAUUUUCUAUUUCUUUCUCCCUCAUCCUCUCGUCGAAACUCUUCUGCAGCUGAAUUUGUUCACAGGUACAUUCAUUAACUACCUUUUUCUUUGGUUUUGUUUUGUUGCUUUCCUUUGAUUAUGCAUUUCUUAAUUAGGGUUUUUACAAUUGCUUUCGAUUUGCUUUGUACUAUUUAUUUAAUUUUAGGGUUUUUGGGGUUCUAACAUUGAUUGAUUUUUCACUUUGAAGUUAAUGAAUUGACUUAUUUUGCCUCUUUCAGAAACCCCAAAAACCCUAAUUCUGCAGCUGAAAAUAAAAUUGAUCUAUUGGUAAUUGCAAUUAUAAUUAGUUGGAACAAAUGAUUGUGCUUGAUUAUGGGAUCACUUUCGGAACACUCUGCUUACUUAUUCCUAACGUUUGAUGCCUACUUUUAGAAUUUUAUCUUUUCACGUCAAACAAUUAGUAGAAUUGUAAGGUACGAGACAUGUUCAGACGUUUGAAAUGGAAAUUGGAUUUCACAAUGUGGAGUCUUUCUCUUUAUCAUUUGAGCUGCUAUUCUACUUCCAGUAUUGACUAAGUUGAAUUCUAUUGUUUUUGAGUUGCCAGUUGCCACCAAUCUUAUGAUAUAUGUAUGGAACUCAAAUCAUAUCUUUAAUAAUAGAUAAAAGUAUAAAACAAGUUCUAACAGUGAAGAGAAAUGUGAAAAUAAUCUUCAUCUUUGAGGGAGGUAGGAACAAGAAAGCAAUACAAAUGUUUACAUUUUUGUAGGACCAUUAUUGUUAUGCGAGUGACCAUUUCAUAUGAUACAAAUGUUUACAUUUAUGUAAGACCACCGAUACCCCUUGUGUUUUCGGUUGUGUUGUUUAUGUUCAUCUCCCUAAACGGGAUAGGAACAAACUUGAACCUUGGGCUGUUAAAUGUGUCUUUGUGGGUUAUGGGGUUACUCAGAAAGGGUAUCGGUGGUUUGACCCAGUUCAUAAUAAGUUGUAUACUACAAUGGACUGUGAAUUCUUUGAAGAGUCCUACUAUUUUUCCCAACUUGGUCCUUAGGGGGUGAGUGUUGGAGAUAACCUAAGCUGGUUGACUUAUCCGGUAAGGAUAGGCCCUCUAGAAUAAGUAGGUAACACCGCUGAUACUACUACUGACCACAUAGUAUCUUCAUCUUAGAUCAAUCAAGUCCUAUCUGAUGAGCAUCCUAAUGAGCCAGAGGUAACACCUGAACCUGAAUUGUUAAUUGAUAAUAUGUCCAGUACAAUUAUUGAUAAUAUGCCUGGUACAGUGCCAACUAAUGAGAUAUUGUUUGAUGAUGUGCUUAAUGAUAUAGCCAAUGUUGAGAUAUCUAACAGGUAUGAGUUACCUCUAAGGGAGACACGAGGUGCACAUACUUCAUAAGCUAAGAAGAUAAUAUUAUCCCAAAACUAUAUGGUAAUGAGAAGGACUCCAAUAACUUAUAAAGUGUGCACACCAUGUUCAAUUUGUCGAUGUGAGAUAAAUCAUCCCAAAUGUCAAGGAACCAUUUCAAACAAAAGUUUAAGCUGGUCGUUGAGGCCCCAAGAUAUAUUAUAUAUACUCUAACACUCCCUCUCACGUGAAAGCCCAUUGGGCUAGAAGUGUGGAUGCAGCACAUGACUUCUUCAUACCUAGCGCUAAAUAUUCCACUUUAAAUGAUAGGUGGUUGAGAUUGGAAUCCGUGACCUUUUAUCACGUUGGCUCUGAUACCAUAUUAGACCUUGAGAAUCUGUCACAUAAUCUCAUCGUGGCCCACUCGUAUGGACACGGGACACCCAUAGGCUCGGGCCUACAAACCCAUGGGUCAAGAGCGUUGACUUGCACAUAUACUUGCUGAGGUUUAUUGUUUCCCAAAGUCAUAUGGUUUUGGAAUAAUAUUAUCUCCUUGGCUUAUGAAGUAUGUGCACCUCGUGUUUCCCCGUUGAUAUGCUGGCAUGUAUAAUAAAUCCAGCCUAAUUUAACGGUGGUUCAAUCAAAAGUUAAGAAUGGUAGGUCCGAAAAGAAUGGCGUUCCUACCCUAUUUGAUUACUCCCACAUGCGAAUUUGACGGAGAUUCGCAUGUGAGGGGGGUGUUGGGAUGAUUUAUCCCACAUCGACAAAUUAAACAUGUUGUGCACGCUUUAUAAGUUAUAGGAGUCCUUCGCAUUGCAAUAUGGUUUUGGGAUAAUAUUAUCUCUUUGACUUAUGAAGUGUGUGUACCUCGUGUCUCUCCGUUAAUAUACUGUUAUUUAUAAUAAGUCCAGCCUAAUUUAACAGAGGUGUCCUCACCCCUCAGGUUAUUAGGAUAGUCAACAUGUGUACUGGGAGUUUAUACAUAUGUCUGUUCAAGGUCUAUGGAAUUAGGAUGGUUACAAUCUUUUCUAUGCAAUCACUGGUUUGUAGUUGCUACUUCUGUGCACUAGAAAGUUUUCACCCCAAUGAAUUUCACUUGUAGUUUUGAAUUUGAAACUCGUGGGGUUCUCUUUAUUUUACAGGAGGGAAUUUCAUGUUUAAUCACCCAGUGUUCAAUAAGUUGUCUGUUUAUUUUGCUCCAUGCAAUUCAGUGUGUUGUUUUACUGUUAAUUUCUUCUCUGAGGCAUUACAAUUUUUAUAAUGGUUAAAAAUUAAGGCUUUAUUAUAGGAGUAAUAUUUGUAAUGGGCAAUACAAGAGCUUGUAUACAAUGGAUGUAAAGAUGGAACAAAUUUAAUCACCUUUAAUCACAUAUAAGUCAAAUUCUCUUGCAUUCUAGAGUAACCCUUUAAAGGAAAACACCCGUUGUAUGCAAAGCCUGUCAAAAUACUUCUGUACUGUAUUUUUUGAGGUUACUCCGUUCUUUUAUGUUAUGAUAGAAAAACAAUCAAGAUCAGCUAAUGGAAUUAAAAGUUUGUAGUCAGCUACACUUUAUUGCAACAAUUAGAGGCGGCGAAGUAAUUAGAGUUCCAAAUAUUGCUCAAGGAAAGAAAAAGCCCAAGUUCUUGAGCAUCAAGGAACUUUGUUUCUCAUAUGACUCAAACUGUCAUGAUUCACUAGCAAAAUAUCAUCAAAAAGCUGACAGGUCUCUGGCUAUGUCUUAAGGUUUCGAUGAAGCAGAGACUGAGGUUAAGAGUCAAUAUAUAGAAGCAUUGAAUAAACUUGAAUUUGCAACUGUAAGAUUGAGUGAAAUUAGAGAUAUCUACAAAUUUUACAAGAAAAAAACUUCAAAAUCAGUUAAAAGGAAAUACAGCAACCUCUAUUGUGAAGUGGAUGAACUUGACAUGAAGGAAACUCUGGGUAGUUUAAAACGUAAGGUGACCACGAAAGAAAAAGUGCAGAAGAAAGCGAUCUCGAAGUACAGCUCCUCUACAGCUAAAAAAUUAAGUUGUAGAUUAAAGUACAAACCUCCGAAUCUAGAUUUACUUCAAAUCUAUGAGCCUCGGAGUAUCAAACUUGAAGAUGCUGAAUAUGAUUAUACACAGCCACAAGCUAGAAGCUUAGCUGUUAAGGGUGAGCAUCAAUCUCCUUGUGAUCCUUUAGAGUUGUCUGUUUCCAAUGAAAAAUCAAUCCAUGCUCUCAAUCAACUUUCAUACAAAUAUCCUGAUUAUUCCGAAUUUCAGAAUCAACUUGCUUCUGAAAAUCCGAAAAUUGAAGAGAUUUUAAAGGUAGAUAAUUUGGUAGUCAAGUAUAAACAGCCAUCGGUAUUUAGUGAUUCAGACUUCAAAGAAAGAGAAAGCAUGACUGAUGCUAUGGCUUGUGAUGAGCCUACAAUUACAGUUUUACGUGAAGUUGAUAGAUCUAAUCUUCAGAUUAGUCAUCCCCUACAUUCAUGUCCACUCCAAUCUUCACCAACCAUUACAAAUUCAAUAUGUGGUCUUAAUCAAGUUUCCUGCAAACAUGUUGAUUAUGCUGAGCUUCAGAAUCCUAUUAUUAUUGAUAAUCUUAGAGAUGAAGACUUAAAAAAGGUAGAUACUUUGGCAAUUAAAGGUGAACCUCUGGUUUCUAUAUGUUCUGAGGUCAAAAGAGGGAAAGACAUGACUGCUCUUGCUAAAACAGUUUUAGUUGAAGGUGAUAGCGCUGAUUUACAAAUUUGUGAUCCCCAUUAUUCAUGUUCACUUCAACCUUCAUUACCCGAUGAGUUCACUUCGUUGGAUGUACAAGUCUCAUGCACGGCUCCUAACAGUGGCUGUCAAGAUGUGGAAUCCACUAGUGCUGGCAAUGCAGUUGAGUUAACGGAUAACUGCAGAGGUGUUGAAGAAUUUGUGAAAGCAGAUGCCACAAACAUCAAUUUAGUGGUAAAAUUUGGUAAUGAUAUGCCUUUCUCGUCAUCAUACCCAAUUGAUCCCGCUAUGCCUUCCCUGGAUGAUCGUAUAUCUGCCGUUGAUAAUAAACAGUUGCCAGUGCUUGAAGUUACUAUGGGAAAGCUGGCGGCAUCUCUCAUGCGUCCUAAGAGUAACUACGAAGAUGUUAAAUUUUUUGAAAAUGGAAAAGCUAGUAGAUCUAUGGAUGACUAUACUGAAGCGGUGGGAGUAAGCGAUGCCAAUCAUUAUAAUGUAGCAGCAGAUGAAUCAUAUGUGCUUUUGGAUGGUGGAUUAGAAUCCCCACAUACUGUUACUUCUGUAGUUGAAGACAAACAACCGUUUAUACUUGAUACUGCUGAUGCCUCUUUGUACUUCUCUCCUGAAAUACAAUCUUGCAAGGCUAUUGAUCCCAUUGGUCAACAGAUUGAAUCAGCAGCAAUCAAAGGGUAUUACGAUAACAAGCAGGAGCAGCUACCUCCUGUAAGGCUCUUCUCAGGCAGAAAGAGAAUUUCUCCAGAUUCUAAAGAAAUAUGCAGGGAUAUAAUUUCUGCUGACAUGCAAGAUGAUGGUCAGAUUCUUUCAUGUAAGGAGAAGCUAAUCUUUGAAAAAAAUUGUGGGGAUACUUUUCCUUCUAGAUCAAGUACUAAGAAAACUCGAAUUAUCUUUACAUCAAAAAGACUGGAGACUUCAAAUACAACUAACAUGAGCGCCAGUGGCUCAGAAACAAUAAAGAAGGGAAAGGAUGACAGAAAGCCUUCUGUAUCUAAAGGCAUUGUCAAUGUUCCUCGUGGGUCUCUUUCAUCCGUACAAGCUGCCAGAGUUUGCAGUUCUUCAAAAAGUUGCCCGCAAAACGCCAUUAUAUUUUCACAGCAGCAGAUGUCAGAUAUAGAGCGCUUUGCAACAAAGCUUCUGUCAGAAUUGCAUGCAAUGAAAGAAAUUCUUGUGGAAACAUUGCAGUCUGAGUCUCGGACCUGUGCAACAUCAAGAUAUAACACAGAAAAGGCCAUAGAAACAGUAGACAAUGUUAAAAAAGUUGAGAAAACAUCAAAGAGGUUGCUGUCCAUGAUGGCAAAGGAUUGCAAUCGUUUCCGCAGAAUCAUGGAAUCAUCCGAAACAAACAAUGCUUAUGAUCUUCAAAAUUGCAAUGAUGAGUACAUACUAGAAUCGGAGAUGCCUAGACAAUCCAGUCUUGUAGAGAAAGAAGGAUGAACAAAACCUUGCCUUCCAAGUACAUAUCACAAGGAAAGAAAGAUCAUGUUUGCUGAUGUAGCUGGAGAAAAGUCAGAAAACAUGUCAUGUCAGGGUUUCUUAGUGCUGCUUCUCAGCUGUAGCAUAGGAUAAAUAAUUGAAUAUCUACAAAGAACAGCUGCAAAGGUGUUCAAUCGAGUCAUCGGGGGAAGCUGUUUCGGGUUUGUUCAAAAUCGGAUCUUUGUUCAAAAUCCUGUCAAAGUUGGAUGGAUAUUAGAUCAUUGGGUUUGCGUUGAACAUCUCAUAUUGUAAUUGUAGCAUUGUACAUAAACUAGAUCAUCAAGAUUCAUGAGCGUAUAAUUUUCACUCACAAGUCAUGGUUCAUGAUCAUUUUAGAAAGAGGAUCCACGUAAGCGACUACUGAAACUAAUUAAUUGGUUUGUAUAAUAGACUUCAAUAUUUUGGAUUGAAGCUUUAGCGUUGUAGUUAUGAUCGUAUCAUUUUCAGUUAAGAUAUCAUUUGCACUCA